CGAGGAAUUCCUCGUAAUAACGCGCCUAAUCUAUUGACAUGAUUGACACUACAGUUUAGUUAAAAAAAAUACUGGUACCGAACACAAGCUAAGCUCCCAAGUUUACAUCGAAAACCGUCUGAAGUUUGAAGUUAAACAUCCGAAAUGGCAUAUAAUUCGUCAGGAGGGUCAAGUUCAGAUUUUGACAUGGAUAUGUUGGAAGAAAGUGAAGAUGAAUUAAACAUUACCACCUAUUUCAACGACGAUAUGGAGUUGUCAUCAACUGAUAAUGACAGCUAUGAAGGAAAAUCAUUGGAAGAUGGUGGCAGAAAAGAAUCCUUAGAAGCUGUCGAUGGCAAGGAAAAGUUAGGCGAUGUUGAUGAAGCUCCAAUAAUCUUGUUUCCAGUCGAUAUGGUGGAAGGCGGCACUGAAACAGAUUCGUUGACAGUGGUCGUCAAAAAGGAAAAGUUUAGUUUGGAAGACGAUUAUACUGAGGUACCGAUGGACAUCGUGAGUCCAACGGAAACGAAAAAGAAUCACUUGAUAUUGUGUCCGGUGUGUUAUGAAAUCGCAAUUUUAUGCAAAAAUUCGACUCUGUACGAUAAUUUGAUUUUUGCAUGCAUGGAACAAAGAUCUACUGAGUUAUGAAAUCGCAAUUCAAACACCAAAUUGUCGAUGCUGUAUCGCAUGAAACCUCUGCUCUAAACAAUAAUAUUGGCUGUGCUGAUGAUAAAGUUUUUUUUUGUUUGUUCAUUUUUCGUUAGUUAAAUUAAAUACAUUUUCACAUCAAAUUUU